CCAGUCGAGUUUUUAAAUAGUUUGACUCCAUCAGGUAUGCCUGUUCAUUGUCUAAAAUUAAAAAUUGGUGCUGUUAUAAUGCUACUUAGAAAUUUAGAUCUCAAAGGUGGACUUUGUAAUGGAACCCGUUUGAUGGUGCGUGCAUUACACAACAAUUAUAUUGAUGGUGAGGUUUUAACAGGUGUAUCAGCUGGUAACAGGGUAUUUGUUCCUCGAGUUCAAUUAGCUCCAUCAGAUGCAAAUUUACCUUUUACACUUAAACGCCGUCAGUUUCCAGUUAGGUUGGCAUACUCAAUGACCAUAAAUAAAAGUCAAGGUCAAACAUUUGAAAAAGUUGGUGUUUAUCUCAAAAAACCUUGCUUUUCACACGGCCAAUUAUAUGUUGCAUGUUCAAGAACAAGAUCAUUUAAUAGUUUGUUUUUCAAAGUUGAUAAACAUCCAUUACAAGCAAUGCUGAUAAAACUGAAUUUUUUUAAAAAAAGAGUUAUUCCAGCCUUCCAACCAAAUAUUAGAGACUUUUAAAAAAGCACUCUCACAAA